UUUAUAGUGCUGUUAAAUUCGUCAACCAUGACUUAAAUUUGUUAUUUACGGCCGAGAUAACGUGUAGCUGUGCUAAGACGUGCGGGUUUUGGAAAUGGAAACUUCAGUCAAAUUAUUACUGAGCAUUUUGUCCAUAUUUCAGUUGACGUGUGUUUACAAUACAAAACAUAUAGAUGAAGAUGAAAUGUGGAUGGUUGGAGUUAACUCCUAUGGAGGACCCAAUCAAAGCUCCAAAUCCUACCCUGGAUACGGAACGGAGUGGGUUUACUUCCCAGAUGGAGAUGGCAUACCCCACUUCGUUAAUUUGACCGCGACCAAACGGAGACAGUUGCGUACAGGUCAAUAUAUAAUUGAGUACAGAUUGUACAUAAGGGGAUUAUCCAAUUACGCAAAUCUAAACGAAUCAGGCCAGCCACCCAGCGGUACAAACAUGACCAGCCUAUUGUCUAAUAAACCAGUAAAAUUGGUAACACACGGUUGGAGAUCAUCUAUUGAAGACGGCAUGGUCAUUAGCAUCAAGGAUGCUUACUUGAAAAAUCAAGAUGUGGCAGUAAUAGCUGUGGACUGGAGUGAUACGGCGAAUGACUAUAUCUAUCCGUUUGUAGUGGAGAGCACAGGGCAAGUUGGGGCACGUGUUGGACGUUUUUUAGAUACGUUCUGCGAGCUCUACAAUGUUUCCGGCGACAGAUUGCAUUUAAUCGGACAUAGCCUCGGAGCACACUUGAUGGGGGUCGCUGCGUCGACAACUAAUGUGAGAGUGGGAAGAGUCACGGGCCUUGAUCCAGCACGACCUCUCUUCGAGGAUCCAAAGAAACCGAGCACGUUGACCCUGGACCCAUCAGACGCGGUGUUUGUAGACGUGAUACACACGUGCAGUGGAGCCCUGGGCGUCAAAGAAAGCAGUGGGCAUGCUGAUUUUUACCCAAACAGUGGUGAAUCACCACAACCUGGGUGUGACAUUCCAGAGAUAUGUAGUCAUGCGAGAGCCCACGUGUACUUUUCCGAAUCCAUUUAUAGUCCUACUGGAUUUCCUGCUUGCCGAAGCAAAAGCUGGACGGAAUUUUUAAAUAACACUGAAUGUAAACAGCAGACAUAUAUGGGAGAGAACGUCGAUCGAAACGCAAAAGGGCAAUAUUACUUAAGAACAAAUGAUAAAGUAGGUACCCUUCGCUUCUAACAAACCUAGACUAGUGAAUCUCUGAGCUGCAUUUGCAUUUCUGUUUCCAAAAAACUGAAUCGUCAAAAAAUGCUAUACAAUUAUCGAUCCCGCUCACAUAAUUUGAGAAUCGGUUGAAAAAUGCGACCUGUUGAGGAGAACAGCCGGAGAUACGACAGCAUAAUUUUGCCCAAGUUGGAUAAAGGAGACGUUUCGCGCGCACUUCGGGCUCAGUCAAAGUAAAUAAGUAUAGUUUGUCAAAGGACUGUCUCAUUUCAAUCAUAGACAGAGAGAAUCAUACUAUCUUUGUCUUACACUAGUACUAGCAUCCAAAAGAAAAGGAUGAGUAUAGUUUUCCAGGUUCUUACUGACUGACAGAUUGGUUUGACCAACCCAUCAUGGACCAACCAUAUUUGUUCCCCGCCGUAAAUUUAGUAUGGAUUAUGGUUAUGAAUCUAGGAUAUACCUGGAUCUGGCAUGAGUGGUGGGGGUAACUGACAGAACGGGAUAGUCUUAUGUAUCUUUCAGUAGGAGUAGCAGAGAAAGCGGUAUUAUUGCUUGUCCUUGUCACAGUCUCACUUUUUGUUUGUUCCCCACCUUUUUAUUAGUAUGGAGAAUGGUGGGCAACAAAUGAAUUCGACCAAUCACAGUGUCGCAUUUGCGUAUAUGUUGUCCCUCACGGAGGCACGCGUAUACCACUUCUAUACGAUCCUACCUU